AGUGAUUUCGUCGUCGGUGAUGUUAUGUUGUUUAUUUUAUUUGCUGUUUACCGAUUAUCAAUAACGAAAGGAACUAACUAAAUCUAGUUACAACUAGAUGGCACGUCGGGAGUCAGUGACGCUGGUCGCUACAGAGUUUUUGCUAGUAAUGGAAAAUACCUAACCUUAAAUUCGGUUUACAUCAGUUUCUUUAUCCGUCGAAUAAAGUAUCCUUAACAUUUCUUAAUAUUUGAAAAAUUUAACUAAUAUAACAAUGCCUGAUCACUUAGGAGAAGACAUGCGAAAAGUAAAAAGCGAAGAAGGAAAAGAAGAGAAAGAAAUAAAGUCUCUCGAUGAAGGAGACAUUGCUCUGCUUAAAACUUACGGUCAAGGACAAUAUACUAAAAGUAUUAAAGCAGUUGAAGAAGAUAUACAAACAAUAAUUAAACGAGUUAACGAAUUGACUGGAAUCAAAGAGUCCGAUACGGGUCUUGCACCGCCUGCUUUGUGGGAUUUAGCUGCGGAUAAACAAACUUUACAAAAUGAGCAACCAUUGCAAGUUGCACGCUGCACUAAAAUAAUUAAUGCAAACUCAGACGAUCCUAAAUACAUUAUAAAUGUAAAACAGUUUGCAAAGUUUGUAGUUGAUCUAGCAGAUUCAGUUGCUCCUACUGACAUCGAAGAAGGAAUGCGAGUAGGAGUGGAUCGUAAUAAAUAUCAAAUUCAUAUUCCACUUCCACCAAAAAUUGAUCCAACUGUAACAAUGAUGCAAGUUGAAGAGAAACCUGACGUCACGUAUAGCGAUGUUGGUGGUUGCAAAGAACAAAUUGAAAAAUUGAGAGAAGUAGUUGAAACACCCUUAUUACAUCCAGAAAAGUUUGUUAAUCUGGGAAUCGAGCCACCUAAAGGAGUAUUGUUAUUUGGUCCACCAGGUACAGGCAAAACUUUAUGUGCUAGAGCUGUAGCUAAUAGGACAGAUGCCUGUUUUAUUCGUGUCAUUGGUUCAGAAUUGGUUCAAAAAUAUGUUGGCGAAGGUGCUCGUAUGGUAAGAGAAUUAUUUGAAAUGGCACGUAGUAAAAAAGCAUGUUUAAUAUUUUUUGAUGAAAUUGAUGCUAUUGGAGGAGCUCGGUUUGAUGAUGGAGCUGGUGGUGAUAAUGAAGUACAACGUACUAUGCUAGAAUUGAUUAAUCAAUUAGAUGGCUUUGACCCACGAGGUAACAUUAAAGUUUUAAUGGCAACAAAUAGACCAGAUACAUUAGAUCCAGCAUUGAUGAGACCAGGACGUUUAGAUAGAAAAGUAGAAUUUGGAUUACCAGAUUUAGAAGGACGAACACAUAUUUUUAAAAUUCAUGCGCGUUCAAUGAGUGUUGAAAGAGAUAUCAGAUUUGAACUCCUUGCACGUUUAUGUCCUAAUAGUACUGGAGCUGAGAUUCGAUCUGUAUGUACAGAAGCUGGUAUGUUCGCGAUUCGUGCACGUCGGAAGGUAGCUACAGAGAAAGACUUCUUAGAAGCUGUAAACAAAGUGAUUAAAUCUUAUGCUAAGUUUUCUGCAACUCCUAAAUAUAUGACCUAUAAUUAAAUUUAUUAUGUACACUAUUCUUAUUUGUUCUAAAAUAUAAGAAUAUCAAAAUA